UGAUUUCAACUGCGGAAAAGUGUGUACAUGUUGUUUUGGGAGUGUUUUCUUAAAAAAAUGAUUUUUCACGUUUCCGUCGGUUUUGGAACUCGAAAAUGGUCCGAAAAUGCGAUUAGGAACGCGCUACAGUGUUUGAACGAUGCAUGAAGUCGUUUUUAAGCCGCGGUAUUGUGUUUAAUUAGUGAUUGUCCGUACACUCAUUAUUAAUGGCAGGCGAUCAUGUUCUGGUUAGUGCCUGACGUAUUGAGGAAAAAGUUUUUUUUUUGCAAGCUGUGGAAAAAAUAGAAGUUUGGAAGUGGAAAGCGAGUGCGUGAAAAAAGAGAGCGAAUGCAUCACCAGAAACAUAUUGCGGGGGUUUAAUUUUAAGUAAAAGUUGUGUUUCUAUUCAGCAAUGAAUGUUUUUAUCUCUGCAAAAUUGGUAUACCUUAAACAGUGAAAGUUAUGUUUAGAGUAUGUGAACUGGAAGAUUUCCUCAAUCUCGCAGUGAAAAUAUGAUUAAUAGUUUACUUUGCAUAUCGCUGGGGAAAGUACAGUACAUGAGAAAGGAUUGAAAACGUGAAAAAAGUGAAUAUUGGCCAACCAUUUGUGCAGUUUGAGAGAGAAAAUUCAAUUCAAGGAUAGGCGAAAAACAACAACAAAGAUAAGGAUGGAUCAAUGCUCAAGCCUGCUGCUGUCUGCUUUGUUGAGCACGAUAAUCAUCGGCGGUUUAUAUAAUCCAGUAGAAGCGCAACUUCGACCGCGGAUAAUCGAACAUCCGGCAGAUGCAGUGGCUGCCAAAGAAGAACCGCUUACACUAAAUUGCAAAGCUGCAGGACGUCCUCCGCCGGAAAUUACCUGGUACCAUAAUGGAUCACCGCUUGGUCUUUCCGAUCGACGUGUUAUUUUACCAGAGGGUUCACUAUUCUUUUUAAAAGUAAUGCAAAAUAAACGAGAACAAGACGCAGGUGUGUACCAUUGUGAGGCACAAAACUCAGCUGGAGUGGCAGUCAGUAGAAAUGCAACUCUGCAAAUUGCAAUGCUCAAAGAUGAGUUCAGAGCGAUUCCCAAAGAUACGGUUGCUCUUGUGGGAGGUCCUGUUAUCCUCAAUUGUACUCCUCCUAGAGGCAUACCAGAGCCGUCAGUGUUGUGGAUAAAGGAUGGCAAAUUGCUGGAUAUAAGUGGCAAACGAUUAUCGAUGGUAGAUUCAGGUAGUUUGAUGAUAUCAGAAAUCCAACCUAAUGAUACUGGAAAGUAUGAGUGCUCAGCACAGAGUAUGGCAGGUACCAAGACAACACCGCCAGCUUAUUUGAAGGUACUGGCACCUCCCACAAUUGUGAAAAGUCCUCACGAUACAGAGGUACUCGAAGGUGAAGGAUUUGAUCUACCAUGUGAACUGGCUGGUGAUCCAAAGCCGGUUGUAACUUGGCGCAAAGAAAGUGGCCGCCUUCCUGAAGGGCGAUCUCGGAAACUGUUGGAUAACACAUUGAGAAUAGAAGAUGCCCGGCAAGAUGACGAGGGAAAGUACAUCUGCGAGGGACAUAACGAGGGCGGAAAUGUGACCAUAUCCGUUUACUUGUACGUUUACGAAGCGCCUACAUUUUUGGAAGCCCCAGUCGACGUCGUUAUUCGGGAAGGGGAAGGAAUCACGCUACCAUGUCGGGCAAAAGGUAGACCAACAGUGCGAAUACUGUGGGAUCGAAUUGAUAAGCCACAUGUUAACAAUACAAGCAGCGGUCCUCAAAGCCAACCACUGUUAAGUCACAAGCCCAUGGAAAAGUCAAAGCGAAGCAUUGUGCUUAAAACAUCAUCUAACCAUAUUCGCUCCUUUGCACCCGAGUCUUUCGGAAACUGGUCAAUUAAGAUCGAACCUGUAUCAGAAAAGACGCUGUUUCAGCUGCCACAUUCUUCCCGAAUACAUUUGGUUCGGAGCAAACGAGAAUCUGUAGAGCCCAGUAUCGAAAUGGAAGCGAUCUCCAGUACUGUUCCGUCUCCUCAAAGUAACAGUGUUGCUCAUUUCGAAGACAACGGAGGACUCACGCUAAAAGCCGUUGGCAAAGGUGAUGAAGGGUGGUACGCUUGUGCAGCCAUCAAUGAAGCCGGUAGCAUCGUGAAGAAGAUUUUCAUCAAAGUUUUAGACAAAGAUGAAUCACUAGAAGCACGGAAGGAACAGAUUCAUACGUACGACCAAAGCCGAUGGGUCAGCGAACAGUUUAUUGUCCUGAACAAUGUGUUUACCAUCUCUGCCAGCUCGAUUGGUGUUUCGUGGGACGUUACCGACAGUGCGACCAAAAUGCCUUUGAGAAUGUACUACCGAAUAGCCAACGAACCGAUGAGUAGCUUUCUUUACAACUCAUCAUUUGAAAGCCAAGUUACCACCAGCAAUCUGAAAGAAUUCACUCUGAACGAUUUACGCCCGUUCACCGAGUACGAAAUAUUUGCCAGCAUUCCGGAAGGUUUGUCCGGAUCGGUUUCUAAUAUCCGGCAGGGCAAAACAUUGGACGGAGCUCCGUCCGCUGCUCCCACGGAUGUGAGAGUUGGUGUUAUAAACACGACAGCUGCUUUCGUACGUUGGUCACCACCACCUACGCAUUUGCUAAAUGGAGAGCUCACAGGGUAUAAGAUUCAAAUCAAAUCCAACGCUACCAACAAAGUUUUGGGUCAAAUGGUGUUGAACUCAACCACCCAGUCGGUGGUGAUCAACAGUUUAACGCCAGGUGGAAUGUACAUUGCAAAAGUGGCUAGUUUAACUGCCGGUGGAAUUGGACCCUACAGUUUACCGACUACGUUGCAUAUGGACCCACAGAAUAUUGUCAGGACCGACCCUACUCCAAGCUACUGGAUGUCUUCGUGGAUGUCCGGCACCGCACUCGUAAUUCUUUGCGUCUGUCUGAUUGGAGGGGCGGUAUUUGCCAUCUUUUGGACCGUUCGCAAAAAGCAAAGCGUAAAGGCAUCAUAUCCUGGCCCAUCCGUGACGACAAUUAUCCCAGAUAAGCAGCACACACUUUGGUUGCAUGGAAAUACGCUGGUGAAGCCAUCGCAUUCGUUGGACCCUCCGAGUACGUCGGAAUAUGCUGAGCUUACAAACAACACACAAAAUAUCAAAAACAACACCUGCAUACCUCCGGAGCCGUACGCAACAGUGACACUGCAACGUGGGGGAACAGUUUCGGAAGAGUCGUGCAUGAAGUGCAGUCCUGUGUCCAGUGAAUAUAAUGCCCCCCUCAGGGAGCCAAUCAACAUAUCAGAUGUGCUGCCUCCUCCACCAGACCACCCAUACGGUACAUACCGCCCACCGAUGACGAUCAGAACCAAUCCUGCCGCUUUGUCACCCCAAAUGAUGCGCAAGAAUCACGCUCCACCCCCAAUGCCGAACCGGUGGGACACGAUGCCCCCUCCGAUUCCAAGCUUCCCACAGAAUUGGAUUCGUCCUCAUCAUCCUGCUGCUAUGACGAUGAAUAAUGGUGAAAUGUACUCCGAGAACGACUACGAAAGUGGAUCGGUGCUGUACGAGCAAUGCUUCCGCCCAGAUCAACAGGUAAACUACUUCAGCCAAGCUGGAGAGCCAACAGAAGAAUUUUACCGUCACAUGAACAUGGAGUUUGCCGAGGACAUGGGCUUCGAACCGGCGAGUCCACCUGCUCCCUGUCCAGAGACACCCUUCAACAGUAAAUAUCUCACAGGUGGUACCACCGAUAGCCCAAUUAUUGCGCGGAAAAUAGGCAUCAAUACAACGUCUAGAGGCCACCUCAUAAACAGUGUAUCCAGUAAUAGCAACAAUUACGUCAGCCAACAUAGCGCUGGGCAAAGCUCCGAAAGCGACAGCGACAACCGGUGGGCUCCUGCUCGGACGAAACGUAGCAGAAGUAGAUCCAAAAGUAGUGAUAGAAAAUACAAUCGCACUCUUAUUCGAUAAAGUUACCACUAUCAACUACGUAAUACAUUUCUAGACUAAACAAUGCUAAAACUCAACUCUAAUUAUAUCAUAACGAAAAACAAAAAAAACAAAGAUUCACCCUUUCUCUGAAUUAACAAAAAACAAGCAGCAAACUAAAAAAAACUGCUAUAACAACUUUCUCUGUAGCAUCAUUAACUUUUACCUAACAAAACCAGAUAAAACAAACUAAAACGAAAAAAAAAUAUUUCGAAGUCCCGCAGGAGCUGUACACUUACCAACGCAAACUCCACAUUUCCUCCCUCUCCUCCAAGUAAGCUCUUUAGGGACCUCAAAAAUAACAUUAAAAACACACACUACCACAACAAAAAACUAGUUUAACAAAUCAACCACGAGAAACAAACUGAUGAUAGGUAAAAUUUUAUUGGACGCACUCACAAGGUAUCACUGCGUUCAAAUAAUUUACAGUUGUAUCAAUUUUUGUUGUCCCAGCAACAUAUUUUCAUUUAUGUUACGUAAAUGUAAAUUAAACUUCCAGUAAUACGUUAUAAUACAUCAUCAAAUUAUUUCAAGUUGGUGUCAACGCUCUCUUAUAUCUUAUUUUUGCUAUUUAUUUGUGUAUUCAAAAGCUACUAAAAUAACAACCAACUACAAAUUCCAUGCUCUGACAGAUUAGGCUUCGAAUGUCCAACAACACUCACGUCAAAAUAUAUGUAAAAGUAAACAAAAAAGUAAUUUUUGAACUCUCUUCAUAUGUUUUAUGUUUUUUCAAAAAAAAAAAUGUUUUAAUGAAAUAUUUUUAAACUUUAUGCCGAUUUUACAACGUUCAUUUACACUCGAAAAUAAAUUGACCAAAAACGCUUCCAAACCCGAUAAAAUUCGAGUCACCAUGUGUGUGUUUUUAACAAUUGUUGGAUUAUUCAAGCCUAGUCUGACACCUUUUUGAAACAUCAAAUCUUAUUUACCAAUUCAAGUUUACAAAGCAAACGUCAUCAAGAGAGCGAACAGCGUAUAAACAUACUAAUUGUGCCAUGAAAACCGCGUGGAACAGGGCAGUUGAUUGUAACACAUCCGCCCAUCCACGCCCUAGGAAAACCCAAAAGGUUAAACUCAACCUAAAUACAGUAACGUGAUGCAACAAUGACAAAAUACCAAAUACAAUGGUAGGAAAGGAGCAAAAGCAAAGAUGUAAAAAAAUAAUGUUGGUAGUAAAUAUGCAUUAAGUUAAAUACAAAAUUACGGAGAAACAAAACGUCGAAAACUCUGUAUAGUUUAUUUAUUUGCAUUUUGUUUGCAAGGCAGAAUGACCGAUGUGUUCUUAUUUUCGUGUAUUUAAAAAAAGUCAAAUGGAAAACGAUAAGUUUGCGAGUACAACGUUUUCGGGUCGAUUUAUUUCAAGUUUGAUGUUUGCAGACAAAUCGCGGAAAUGUAUGAAAUUACAAAAUGAACAUAUAAUUCACAUUCAAAAUUUUGACACAAGCGAACAAAAAAUCAAAACAUAUGACACAAAUGACGCGAAAAUAUCAACUGUGAUAAACAAAAACUAAAAUAAUGAAAACACAAAUAAUUGAGUAACUAUAUCUAACUUUAAAGGAGGAAUGAAGUAAACCACGAAAUGAAAAUGCACAUGAAUACAAAUACACUCAUUCACAAAGUACACGAAACACACACAAAAAAACACAAAAUCACAUGAAAAAUACUGCAAACAAGCGAAGAGGAGUUAAUGCCAUUCAAAACUCUGAUCACAUUUGUCAAAGAUUUUAUUGCACAAUAUUGGAAGGUAUUAUCAACAACCAAUAUAAUGGUAAAAAUAUUAUAUUUAGACCGGAUUGGACGGCAGAACAAUGCAUUAUAAUUACAUUAAUUAAUUUAUUGCCUUAAUAGUAGCUAUUACGAUAAAUUGACAAGAAAAUGGAGAAGUGAAAGAACAAAGCAGCAAAAUAUAUGUAUUAAAUGCAAUAAUCCAAGCAUAAUCAACUUAUUAAUAAAAGCAUACAACAAAAUAACAUAUAAGCAAAAAGUAGAGGGUAAAGAACAGAAAAAAAACUCAAGAAGACUUAUUUUACAUUAUUAUUAGCAAAUAUCACUAGAGACAUUAGAUUCAUAGAGAAUAAAUAACAAACAAAAAGGAAAACAAUACAAAGCUAAACUAAAAACCAAUUCAAUUCUAUUAUCUAACAAAGACAAGCCACAACAGAAAUGAACCAUUUAUAUUAUUCCCGAGUAGAAGAAUACAAAAAACAUCAUGCAUCAUCUCCUAGUUACUCAAUUUAUCACUAAACACACUUCAUCGAUGAAUAUAGAAACAAAAAAGUCACUUUCUCUCCAAUUCUUUGGUAAACAACAAACGCAAUGCGUUAAAAAUUGUUUUCUCUUUGUUCCUAGAAAGUGUUGAAAUAUUGAAUUUAGAAAACAGUAUUCAAUAAAUUACCCUAACUUAUUUUGCCAGAAAUGUUGCUUCUAUAAAUUUCACAAACAUUUCCAUUUACCAAAGAUUGAAAACAUAAAAAAUCUCACAUAUUUGUUUUUUUUUUAAUUUUGUUUAAGAAAAACACUAACCGAUAAAUCUAAAUUAGUACAUAAGAAAGGGUUUGUUAAUUUUGCGAAAGCUGCGGCUAAACGAUGCCAGGAAAAAAAUUCCAACCAUAACUAAACAAAACAACAACAAAAAUAAUACGCGCGUAUAUAUCUCCAAGCCAUAUUAUUCGCAUUUUUCGCUUUAAUGCUAUCUCUAUUACAUAUAUAGUAAUCUCAUAAACCAGUAAGAACAAAAUGAUGCAUAGUUAAGUAGAGAAAAAGAAACAACAAAAGCGUGAAACGGAAAAAGAAAAAAACAUACAGAAGCUAGAGAGUUUGGCCAUAUUUUACUUUUACUUUUGUGUUUAACAAAUUUUAGAUACUAGUUUUUAAAAAGGGAAAACAAAAUCGAGACAAAUUACAAAAAAAAAAUAAUACUAGAAAUAAAAUGAACAGGUUAGCAGUUUUUCAUUGAUAAAAAAA